ACACCUCAGGACAUUCUGAGGACAUUCUGCAGCCAACAACACACACAAAAUGCGGGAGGACCUCAGCAGGCCAGACAGUAUCCAUGAAAAAUAAUACAAUCGACGUUUCGGACCGAGAAUAAAAGAUGGGGCGUCAGAGUUAAAAGAUCUACAAUGGGCCGUAAUUCAGCCCACUCGAAUAAACAGCUAACACCCCAGCAUGAUCGUUCUCCGCCCAUUCCGUCAGUAAACGAGCGCUUGGCUUUUCUCCGUCCUUCCCGGGAGCUGUUGGAGUACUACCGUAAAAAAAUUGCUCAGUUCGACGAGGAGCAUGAAAAUCUUAUGGGAAAACUGGAGAAGUACAAAGCCACGUAUGAAGAACAGCACAAACUCCAGUGGGAGAUUCGACAGAGGGAAGAAGAGAUCGAGGAGCUACAAAAAGCACUCAGUGAUAUGCAGGUUUACCUCUUUCAGGAGCGUGAGCAUGCACUGCGACUUUAUGCUGAAAAUGAUCGGCUAAAAAUUAGGGAGCUAGAAGAUCGGAAGAAGAUACAACAUCUCUUAACUCUGGUGGGUUCUGAAGAAGAAGCACUCACUUAUUUUCACAAAGAGCCUCCACACAAGGUUAUUAUCCCCCAGUGUACAAAGAAACAUGGGCGCACAGACGUUAAAUCUUCAAAAGAUGGUCAAAAACGAACAAGAUCUAAAGUCACCACUACAAUUAGUCCUACUAUCCCAGAAAAUUACCAACGAGAUAAUCAAACUUUACUACUACAGGUUGAAGCCUUGCAGUCCCAGUUGCAAGAACAGACACAGCUAGCAAAAGAGCAAAUUGAUGCAUUGAUGGAAGAUCGGCGAAUUCGUGUGGAAGAGGCACAAGUGCAGCAUGAACGGGAUAAGGAAAAAAUAAGAACUCUGGCAGAAAAAUUGCAAAAGACUCAAAAUCUCCUUUACGAGAGUACCAGAGAUUACCUACAACUAAAGUUUGAGGGGCGAGACAUUGAAAAGGUUUGGAUGGCUGAGAAGGAUCACCUGCUACAGGAGCUGGACAGAUACAGCAGGCAAAGAAACCGAUGCUGUGAAAAUGAGACACAGUUGCUUCAGGAGUCACCAAUGGAACGUGAGAUACAACGGGUACAAAGUGAAGAGAUAAAGUCGCUGGAGCAGCAGUUAAACCAGGCACAUCGAUUGGCUGAUAUGUACAGGGAGCAGUGUGUGACACUUGAAGACAAUCUGGCACGCAUUCAAGAAGAAGGGGACAUAGGCCAGCAGCUGUUUAAGGAGCGCUCUGAUAAAACAGUGAAGCGGCUUCAGUUAAUGACGCAGAGGUAUGAGGCACUGGAAAAGCGACGAGCUAUGGAAGUCGAAGGCUUUAAAAAUGAUAUAAAGCUGCUGCGGCAGAGGCUAAAAGAUGUGGAGAAGCAGCUGUUCAAGGUAACGCUGGGAAUUGGCCCCAACCAGGAUCUUGCUAUACUGCAUGAGGUGCGCCAAUCGAAUAACCAGUCAAAGAUGAUCCAAGGAGAGCUCAGGAAGCUAAAGGCAAAGAUUUAUGGCUUAGAAAAUCAGCUGCGGUUUGGCUAACACAUUUCAUGGACAUGAUUUACCUUUAGUAAAGCUGUAUCAAGGUACCAAGAUACCAAACACAUGGGAAUACGUGGAUUUGCAUAAUAACUAUUGAGUAGGAGCUACUCCAAACCAAGCAAAAUAAUGAAUUUGUUCUAACUGUAAGAAGGAAGACAGACCAAAUCAGUGUUUUUACAUUUAAUUUUUCAAAUCCUCAUUCAUGUUCACUUUAGUGGGAUUUAAUUUUUGAUAUAACAGUAAAGAACUUCUAAGGGAAAGGAGUAGCUUUCUGUGGUAUUCUGUUCAGACUGACUCUAUGAGGAUAUUUUGGCUUUCUCCUGCAUGAAUUCUGCAGAUACUGUACAGCUGAAGUUGUUCUGUCAAUGUGCUGCUGACUGAAUAAAUAUGUCACAAUAGGA